UGUUGUUGUUUUAAUUGUGGGUGGAAACAAGAUCUCACUUUAGCCCGGACCCACCUGACAAAGCCCAGGGAUCCUCCAGUGGCAGCUUGCUGGGCGCUGGAAUCCACACCAGCUUCCCGGCUCCACCCCGAGCGGGGGCGGGGGCGGGGUUGGAUUUGGAAGCGCCUGCGCGGCCCUAACUAGGCAGUGCCGGCCGGGGGCUCCGGUUCUCUGGCCGCCUCGAGCAUUUACUUCUGUGGGAUCUCGCUGCUUCAGCGCGGCUGGGUGCAAGUCCCAGGGCCUCCGCCGUCCGUGUGAACCGAGGAGGAGCUGAAUCGGCUCCCGAACCGCAUGGAUCACCGCAUUCUUCCCGCACGGUUGCCCCUACUGCUGCUGCUGCUGCUGCUGCUGUGCUGCGCGCUCGGGAGAGCCGCUUCCAGUGUAGCCGUGCAUACGCUCACCAAUGUGACUGGCUUGCUGGGCGAGUCCGCCACCCUGGUCUGUAGUCUAACGCCUACGGAGAAUGAGAUAACAGUCACCCAGGUAACCUGGAUGAGAAGGAAUCUAGAUGGCUCCCGCUCUACCGUGGCUGUCUUCCACCCCAAGAAGGGGCCCAGCAUCACAGACCCAGAGAGGGUGAGGUUCUGUGCUUCCAGUCUGGACAAAGAUUCACCGAACGCAUCUCUGGCCAUUUCCCACUUACGUACUGAUGAUGAAGGCAACUAUGAAUGUCAGUUUGCCACAUUCCCCUCGGGCAGCAAGAGUGCCACCGUCUGGCUGCAGGUGCUUGCCCGACCCACAACCACUGCAGAGGCCCUGAAGCCCUCCCCCACCCCGGCGCUGCAGGAAGUAGCUAAAUGCAUCUCCACGGGUGGUCGCCCUCCGUCGCGAAUCCACUGGCUCUCAAACCUGAACGGAAGCAUCCAUGAAACUCAGGAGCGGGAGCCCCAGCAGGACACCUUCACAGUCGCCAGCGUCUUCUCCGUGGUGCCCUCGAGCCAGGUGGAUGGCAAGAACAUCACCUGCCGGGUGGAGCAUGAAACCUUCUCCAAGCCGGACCUGCGAACCGUGACGCUUUCCGUGCUCUAUCCACCUGAGGUGUCCAUCUCUGGCUAUGACAACAACUGGUAUGUUGGUCGCACUGAGGUGGCCCUGACCUGUGAGGCUCACAGCAAACCAGACCCUACCAUCUACAAAUGGAGCACGACCACAGGUUCUCUGCCCAAUACCACCAAGGCCCAGGGCAAGCGGCUCCUAAUCACCACCGUGGACAACACUAUCAAUAACGUGACCUUCAUUUGCAAUGUCACCAACGCCCUAGGGUCCGGGCAGGGCCAAGUAACCGUCCUAGUUACAGGGGAUCCUGUGCAGCCACAUUCAGGCUUGGGCACACGCUCCAUCGCUGGCAUCUGUGUUGGCAUAGCUUUGCCCAUCAUAAUACUCGUUGUAUUCCUGUGGUACAAGCAUGGCCGAUCUCCCCCGUCCAGAACCUCAAGGAGUCAGGAGUAUUCCUCUGUGAGCAACGGCGACUGUCCCAGGGACAUAGAGAUGAAUAGUAUUACGAGGUGACAGUGCAGAACUAAAGAAUGUGGAGCCUCAACAGCCGGACCUCACGCAGAUAAAUGAAGAAGCCUCCCGAGAGACUGGCCACCCAGUGUGGUGAGCGUCACCAGUUUGCGGGUCUCCCAGGACCCUAGUAAAUGCCACAUUGUCAGAAAGCACUCAUGAGCCCAGUGUGGUGGCCCACUCCUGUCACCCCAGCAAGCGGGAGGGCCGAUGGAAGUUUGAGUCUAACCUGGGCUACAGAGUGAAGCCCUGUGUAUACACAGACCAGCAAACACACAAGUUUUAGAGACUGGGACAAAAGCUGGAGUCUUUCCUUCGGUAAGAUAAAUCCUCUACCUCAUGUUGGACCAUAUAGAAUGUUCUAGAUGAAAGACUUCAACCACUGAGAUUCAACUUCAGAAACUCUUUUUUAUCAGGGCUCUCCCCUCUCUUGACAAGGUCUCACUGUGUAGCCAAGGCUAGGCUCAAAGUCAUAGAGAUCGGUCUGUCUCUACCUUCCAAGUGCUGGGGUAAAAGGUGUAUGCUGCCACACCCUUCCCGGUCUCCUUUUUGAUGAAGUAAAGAAAAAUAUAUAUUUAUAAAAGCUGUAUAGAUUAUAUAUA